CAUCCCCCAUGGCCCGUGGCUAACGCUGCAUUUGCAUGGUCUGUAGUAUGUAUAGAACGGGGCCUGUCUUCUCCAAGUGCAUGGCACGACUACUUACUUGCGGGCUACCUGCCGUCUCCCAUGUGGCGUUGCAUGCACACUGGCUACUCGACAUAUGGCCGAGUGGUGUCUUGGGGGGUGGUGAAUGUCAUGAUUCGCCUGCCACCCCCAUGCCCAUGCAGAGAAGACAGAGAGAAGCGGCUGCACCAUCAGCACCUCGGACGCUUGUACCCGGCUCUGCUUGGACGCAUCGAGUAUGGAUGUAUUGAUGUAUGGAUGUAUGUAUCUUUUGCAUGCCCGCCAGCCUGUGUGCAGAUGGAUGGAUACGUAGUCACUCUUGGCUUCCGACCGCGUUCCGAGCCCGCGGCCAAGGGUCAUGUCGCAGACGCCCUGUCGCCCUCGCUCGUAGCAGACUGGAGCAAAGUAGAUACUGUAUACUACAUCCUGUCAAGAUGA